GUAAGAUUCAUCUCGGUGUGUCAUCGUAGACCCAGUAUAACACUUCACCUUAGUGGGCUUUCCCUGCGUAUUGAAUGGAACAUGUUGUAUAAGGUUUUGGAAUGAAUAGGAUUCGGAUUCACGUGUUGCCAUCAAGCAGAGCUCGCGUAGCUCCAGCUGCCCGUGCCCAGGAACCUCAGACCUGCUCUUUCACCCAGCGGCCCUGUUCACAGCCACGUCUGGAGGGCCUUGAGUUCUGCAUUAAACAUGUGCUGGAGGACAAGAAUGCCCCCUACAAACAGUGCAGCUAUGUAUCCAACAAGAACGGCAAACGCUGCCCCAAUGCAGCACCAAAGCCUGACAAGAAAGAUGGGGUUGCAUUCUGUGCUGAACAUGCCCGCAGGAAUGCUUUAGCCCUGCAGGCUCAGAUGAGGAAAGCAUCUGCAGGACCCACUCCUGAGGUCCUGCUGUCCCAGCUGAGUGGAUACACUCGGCCAGAGUCGACACACGGCCAGGAUGGUGGCCGCAGCGAGGGAAGCCGUGUACUGGAUGAGGACAGUUGGAGUGAAGAGGAGCAGGAUCCUGUGGUAUUGGACCAGACGUGGAGAGGAGACCCAGAUAGUGAGGCAGACAGCGUUGACAGUGAUCAUGAGGACCCCCUAAAGCAUGCUGGAGUCUACACUGCAGAAGAGGUUGCACUGAUAACGCGUGAAAAGCUAAUCCGUCUUCAGUCGCUUUACAUUGACCAGUUCAAGCGUCUGCAGCACCUCCUAAAGGAGAAGAAGCGACGGUACCUACACAGCCGCAAAGUGGAACAUGAUACUAUAGGGAGCAGCCUUUUAACAGGACCUGAGGGAUUGUCUAUGAAGGAGAGGCAGAACCUAAAGAAGCUGAAGGCCCUGCGGCGAUAUAGGCGGCGUUAUGGUGUAGAGGCUUUGUUGCAUCGACAGCUCCGAGAGCGCAGACUGGCAGCCACCGAAGGACUCUCCUCUCAGGUUCACAUCGCACGAUCAAACCAGAGAUGCAUCUCCUUUGUUGAAGGGGCCCGCUGUCCAAAUCAGUGCCUUCCUAUGACUCGACAUUGUGUUUCUCACAUCUAUCAGGAUAGUCACCAGGUGCUUUUCAAGAUGUGUCCAGGGCUGAAGGAUGUGCCAUGUGACCGCCCAGUGCAUAUGGGGCAAUCCGAGGAGCCACGAUGUCCUUUACACCUGUCCCUGCCACCUCCAAUGUACCAGCCUGAACAGGAGCCUCUGGUGCCAGAGCAGCUGGCCCCUGCACCCUCUGACCUGUACCUGAGUGCAGCUGAGUUGCAACCCACAGAAAACCUCCCUAUGGAGUUCAGUGAUGACUUGGAUGUCGUUGGGGAUGGUAUGCAGUGUCCCCCGUCGCCCUUACUUUUUGACACUGCACUAGCCCUGGAGGACCAAACCAUUCGAGAAAUUGCAGAAGCUCCCAUGGACAUUCUGACUGGUGAAGAGCAGCCUGACUUGGACCUCUCUGAGAGGGAUGAUGAGUCCACUGUAGACCAGGUUGUUUCCGAGGAACCUGAAAGAGGAAGUAGCAAAGGAGAAGCUGUACAGGAUGUCUCUACACAAGACUCCAGCGCAGUGGCAGCAGAUGCCACCUGAGGGCCAGUUUCCCCUGCAACCAUGUCUCACAUGUGCACUAACAAUGAACUCUGCUAAAGGUGAAAAGGUGGUUUAAAGUUCAGAAAUGGAAAGCAAAGCAAAAGCUGCCUUGUAUGUUAAGGCACAGUUAACUGUGCUUUUGCAGUGACUGGGUUCAUCCAGUUCUUGAUUCCCCACCCUCCCAAUAAAACCUAUGAACAAUAAGAAUAAUUCUUUUGGUCCACAUAAUUUGUUUGAAUGACUGAUCUUUUAACUCUUGCCUUUGUUGCAGAUAUUCCUGAUAGAUUAAUCUGAAUAUUAAAAUGUUUUAGGGGAGAAUAAAAAGAUUUUGUGGAGUGCUUUUUUUU